AUGUUUUUCACUGCAGCAGCUUGGUCGCGAUUUGGCGCUACUUUAUCACUUGUAUCUACCCCACUUCUCCCGCCUCAUCGUAUCUGUACACUUUUCCACUCCAGCAUCCACCUGUGCCCUAUCAUGGCCCAUGCAGACGACGACGAUCAGUGGGAGUACGAAUAUGAUGAGAACGAAACUGAAGACUUCUACAUCCCCCUCGACCUGUCCAAUGUCCCCAGCGCGCAAGUACCCAUGGUCUCGCAAGGCAGGCUAGGGCACCCGACAUUACUGAAAAGUAGACUUCGAGCGCUCAAUGCACAACGAGGCCAACCGACAGAAAUUCCAAUCGAUAGCUCGAAUGGUCAAAAGCCGGCUACCAUGGGCGAAGUACAGAUCAUUGGCCUGCAUACUCCUAAUCCGCUAGUGAUGUACAAUGGCGAAUUGCUGAGUUGCCACUGGACCUCGACUAUCGGAAGCGACAUGUUCUUCGUGAAGCCCGAUGCGAACACGGGCGACCUCUCCGAGCCUUUGAGAACACUACCGUCGGUGGAUCUGCUGGCCAUGGGUUCCGCAAAGCUGGUCGCAAAAGUUGGUCGACUGCGGCCGCGGGACGACCUGAUAGACGAUACUGUCGACGCGCAGCCUGCAACUGAGUCAACCGGCUUUCCUAGCAACGUCCAGAAUGUCUCUGCCCUAUCUUUGGAACAACAGUCCACUCCCGAGCAAGCGCAACCAGCUCCAAUGAGCUUCCUUGAGAGGCUAAAUCAGGUGAAGGCGAAAAGAGGUGAAACGUCUCGUCUAGCCGUCUCCAACACGCCUAACGGCUCCCAUCUGAUAUCCGAAGAAGCUGGUGAGGAUAAUCGCCCGGCAAAUAGAAGUGCGUCACAAUCGCCGGGUGACACGGCUAUGCUAGGAACAUGA